AUGUAGGAAGACACAUACCAAUAUUAAACAGCAUAAGAAAUAAGUGCCUAAGACUAUGAAAUGAAGAUCUUAGGCUGCAGAAAGCCAGUUUUCUUGGAGUUUUUCGCAGAUUGGUGUCCUCCCUGCAAAUAACUUUAAGCAUAAAGAGAAUAAAUACCACCUUAUCAUUAAUAGUUAUAUGAAUAUUAUUAGAUUAACGUAGACUAUAAUUAGGAAUUUGCUGAGGGAUUUUAGCUUGAAGGUAUUCCUGCAGUAUUUUUGUUUUAUAGAGGAGAAAUGAUAGAUAGUUUUGCAGGUUUAGAUUUGAAAGGGUUUGUGAGACUUGUAAAUAAAGCAAUUGAGAUGGGAUCAUAGAUGUUUUGA